AUGGAAGUGCGAAGACGACUACCUCGCGAAAGAUCCUACGUCCACGGAAAUAAAGAUGAUAUUUCGAGCCCGGACACUGCAACAUCCAACCCUAGACAUGGCGUGAUUAAUGGGCUACUGGCUCUGCUUGGAUAUCUGGUUCAACUCCUGAAGUCAGUCUUGUAUGGGUCACCCAAGGACACGCGACACUUGGAAGACGAUGAUGAAGACAAGAGCAAUGAAGAGAAGAUAUUGCUAGGGUACAUGUGUGGUGGAGUGAUAGCGGUGCAUGAACGGCGGCGCAAGCGAAGUACAGCUUUAGUCCUGUCCGGCAGUCGCCAUGAAGAGACGCCUUCUGUGCUCAAGCACUCCUCGGCCGCAUAUGCCUUCCUGGGCUCAGAGACACAUCCAAGGCUUCUGCGCUGUCGCUCCUACGGCCCGCCCAUCGUCCUCGAACAUGCCCCCCUCGGCACCGUCCACGCCCUUCUCUCUACCAAAACACCCUACCCGUCUCUCUCACAUCCCUCAAUACCUACCAAACAUGCAACACUCGCUCUCCCACUCUCCUGGCUUCUGCAAACAUCCUCGGCCCUUCGCUUCCUACACGACCAAAAAGUCACCCAUGGCGCUAUAUCCCCAUCCUCUCUCUUGCUUCGCGCGGACAUGUCCAUCGCUGUAACAGACUUUACAAAAUCCACAAUCAAUGGUCAUAACAAUGGCGUACCCACCCGAGCAUCGGACGAAUUUGCUUUCCCCGUGGAUGCUCUGCGCUACGACUACUUUGACGGAGAAUUAUCUGCGAACUCACAGGCUCUGGGGUUGGCUAUCGAUGCCUUUGACUUUGCGACUUUGGCUUACAAAUUGUUGAUGAGGAAGGCACCGGGCUGGGAGUUGCCCACGGGAAAUGGCACUUGGGCAUUGGAAGAGUUGCAUGAGGCAUUGGACGAGGCAGCGCCAGAGCUUGGAGAUGAGAUUGUGGUCGGAUAUGUGGUGAGGGAUGCUUGGUGUUUGGUGUACGAGGAGGGCAAGACUAUGCAGGAAGAUGUCGUGCAUGCGUUGCUGAGACAUGGCUUCCAGGUCAGAGGUGAUGACAUUGUCGGUGUCAAGGAGGCUGCUAGAGAGUUUGCAGAGACAUACCAGCCUUCUUGGAGGUUUGAGGGAUGA